UUCUUCCUCCCACCCCUUUCAUCCCUUGCAGUGUCACAUUCACUGGUCAAUGCACCCCUGUUUAGAGACUGCUAUAAGUAGUAGACCAGAGGGUCAUUGUUCAACUCACUUUGUUUGUGUUGAGCUACUGAAUGGUAGAUAUAUCCCCUGCUUCCCCACCCACUCCUUUAGCUGCAACUUAUUUGUCACUUUCUAUCAGGUUCAUUGCCAUCUGCGUUAUUAUCUUUUGAGCCACAUUGAAGCCAGGGAUCGGAGGGCUGGGCAGGUGGGGAGGGGAGGAGGAUUGUCAUUGGGAUAGGCAUGAAAUAAAGGCACACACUUUGACCAAAAUUCUGAGCGUGCAGUUGGAGAUCUCAGGAACUUUAAGGAAACAGAGCGCUGCAAAAUGUUGGUGAAUCAUUGGAACUCUGCUGCUCACAAUGAGAACUCUUCUAGAAUCAUCCGAGUUGGAACAAGAAAGAGCCAGCUUGCUCGGACUCAGACUGGCUUCGUGACAGACAUGCUGAAGCAAUGUUAUCCAAACACGGAACUUGAAAUCAUUGCUAUGACAACCACUGGGGACAAAAUUCUGGAUACAGCGCUCUCAAAGAUUGGAGAGAAGAGCCUGUUCACAAAGGAGCUGGAAACUGCAUUGGAGAAAAAUGAAGUUGACCUGGUAGUUCAUUCUCUAAAAGAUCUGCCAACUACACUCCCUCCAGGGUUUACAAUUGGAGCCAUCUGCAAACGUGAAAUUCCCUUUGAUGCUGUUGUUCUGCACCCGAGCCAUGCAGAUAAAUCCCUGGACACACUGCCGGAGAGAAGUGUAGUGGGAACUAGUUCCCUACGACGAGCUGCGCAGCUAAGACGGAGAUUUCCUCACCUGGAAUUCAAGGAUAUUCGAGGCAAUUUGAAUACUAGGUUAAAGAAGCUUGAUGAGAAAAAUGAUUACAGUGCUAUUGUACUAGCAGCAGCUGGACUGCGAAGAAUGGGAUGGGAGAAUCGGAUCAGUCAGGUUCUACAGCCUGAAGAUUGUAUGUAUGCUGUGGGUCAGGGUGCCUUAGGUGUAGAAGUGAGAAUGAAUGACACUGCUGUCCUGGACAUGGUUUCUGCUCUCAAUGACACUGAAACGGUCCUGCGCUGUAUUGCUGAGCGUUCCUUCAUGAAGCACCUGGAGGGAGGCUGCAGUGUUCCUGUUGCUGUUCACAGUGCCGUUAAUGAAAACCAGCUCUACCUCACAGGGGCUGUGUACAGUCUUGAUGGAUCUGACAGUUUGAAAGAGACUAUGCAAACGAGUAUAUCACCUCAAACCCAGGAUGAAGAUCGCGGUGAUGACGAUGUUCAGCACGUUGGGGUCACAGCAAAGAAAAUACCUCAGCACUCGCAGAUAGCAGCUGAGAAAUUAGGGAUGCAUUUGGCUAACCUACUGCUGAGCAAAGGUGCCAAGGAAAUCCUGACUGUCGCAAGGCAGCUGAAUGAUGCGAGAUAAUACUCUAGUUUUAUGCUGAAUGUCGUUAUUUAGGUGUUUAUAAUAUUAUAAAUACACACACAGUAACCAAAGGUAAUGGGCAAUAUCCCUACUGAGUGGCUUAUACAUCCCAUUUACAUUCUCCAUUCUAUUAUACCCUGACUUGCUUCUAA